CGCUAUCAGUUUCCGGUUGAAGUGUAAAUGGAUACAUGACACAGUUGUUUGGAGGAAACGGUCUUCGGGAAAACACUCCACGGCUAAAACAUUACUGACGGGAAUUCGACAUUAAUCCCCGCUGACGGUGUCGUAAGGUGUCGGCCGCGAUGGAAGCGGUCCCGCGAAUGCCGAUGAUCUGGCUGGAUCUGAAAGAGGCAGGGGAGUUCCAGUUUAGUCCGUCCGUGAAGCAGUUCAUCCUAAAGAACUACGGAGAGAAUCCAGACAACUACAACGAGCAGCUGAAGAAAUUGGAGACUCUGCGGCAGAAUGCUGUGAAUGUGACAAGAGAUUUCGAGGGAUGCAGCACCUUGAGGAAGUACUUUGGCCAGCUGCAUUACCUCCAGAGUCGAGUUCCGCUGGGGGGAGGCCAGGAGGCGGCGGUACCCAUCUCAUGGACUGAAAUUUUCUCUGGAAAAACAGUCACCCACAAUGACAUCAGCUAUGAGCAGGCCUGCAUCCUUUACAAUCUGGGAGCGCUGCACUCCAUGUUGGGAGCCAUGGAUAACCGCGUUUCAGAGGAGGGCAUGAAGGUGUCCUGCACUCACUUCCAGUGCUCAGCCGGAGCGUUCUCCUACCUGAGAGACCAUUUCAACCACAACUACAGCGUGGACAUGAGCCACCAGAUCCUUAACCUCAACAUCAACCUUAUGCUAGGUCAGGCUCAGGAAUGUCUCCUAGAGAAAUCCAUGUUAGACAACCGGAAAAGUUUCCUGGUUGCCCGCAUCAGUGCUCAGGUGGUGGAUUAUUAUAAAGAGGCCUGCAGGGCUCUGGAGAACUCCGAGACAGCCUCCAUGCUGGGGAAGAUCCAGAAAGACUGGAAAAAACUGGUUCAGAUGAAGAUCUACUACUUUGCUGCUAUUGCACAUCUUCAUAUGGGAAAGCAGGCAGAGGAGCAGCAGAAAUACGGAGAACGGCUGGCAUAUCUGCAGAGCUCUUUGGACAAACUCAAUGAAGCCAUCAAGCUAGCUAAGGGUCAACCUGACAGCGUGCAGGAGGCCCUGAAGUUCACCAUGGAUAUCAUCGGAGGAAAGUUUAAUUCUGCCAAAAAGGACAAUGACUUCAUUUAUCACGAGACUGUUCCAUCGCUGGAGACUCUAGCCUCAGUUAAAGGUGCUCCGCUGGUAAAAGCUCUGCCGGUUAAUCCGACCGACCCCAGUGUCACUGGACCAGACCUGUUUGCUAAACUGGUGCCCAUGGCUGCCCAUGAAGCAUCUUCUCUGUACAGUGAGGAGAAAGCAAAGCUGCUAAGGGACAUCAUGGCCAAGAUUGACAGCAAGACUGAAACCUUAGAGCAGUUUAUGGACUCGUUGGGCUUGGAGCCAGAGUCUGUUGACAACCUGGACAUGUACAACCACAUCCCACCGGUUUUGAUGGAGAAGUGUGCUGCCCUCAGUGUCCGACCCGACACUGUCAAGAGCCUCAUUCAGUCCAUGCAGGUUCUCUCAGGAGUGUUUACCGAUGUGGAAUCUUCGCUGAAGGAGAUCCGAGAUGUUCUGGAAGGAGACGAAGCUGGCGAGCGAGCCCUUCAGGAAAUGUGUGGCCCCACUGCAGCUGAGCUACAUUCGGCUGCACAGAGCCAAGCUCUGGCUGAAAUUCAGAGAGAUCUUGAGAAGUACAUGGAGGCCCAUGAGAAGGCCAGCUUUACCAACACAGAACUACACCGGGCAAUGAACCUGCACAUCAGCAACUUGCGACUGCUUGGGGGACCUUUGGAAAGUCUCAGAGAUGCUCUGCCAAAGCCCCAGCUCAGUGAAGAGGAAAUGGCAGGGCUGCAGCGUAUGAAGAGAAUCCUGGGAAAAGUUCAGGAGAUGAGGGAACAACGGGGCUCUUUGGAAAAACAACUCCGUGACCUCAUUCAAACGGAUGACAUCACCUCCACUCUUGUUACCACAGAGAGAGCAGACAUGAAGCAUAUAUUUGAGGACCAGCUGAAGAAGUAUGAGCAAGUAAAGGUCUAUAUUGACCAGAACCUAUCAGCACAGGAAAACAUCCUGAAGGCCCUGACUGAGGCAAAUGUCCAGUACGCCUCGGUACGUAAGGGCCUGAACCAGACCGAACAACAGUGGAACAGUACAGUCCAGGGACUAGUGGGCUCAUAUGAAGCCUAUGAAGACCUGAUGAAGAAGUCCCAGGAGGGAAAAGAGUUCUACGAUGACCUGGAAGCCAAAGCCUCACGUCUGCUGGAAAGAGCCAAGACCCUGUGUCACACCAGGGCAGAGGAGAGGAAGCCCCUCCUGGAAAAGGAUAAAAAGCCCCCAGCGCGGCCUACAGCUGCUAAGCCCUCCCUCAAGCCGAGAACGUCUGAUGUGGAUUCUGGGUCUUCUAGCCUUGAGGAUCCAGAACUGGCCCAGCUCAAUGCAGCCAUCAUGGCUUUAGGGGGCGACCUGCCUGAGGACCUUCGAAGCCUUCCUCCUGAUAUUUCUUCCCUCCCUACCACUGCAGGCCGUCUGCCAGGUCCUUGUAGCAGCUCCCUGCCUUGGGCUGGCGGUCAUGCUGCAGGCAUUCCUCAUUUCCCUCCCAACCUUCCACCUCCUGAACUUCUGGCAAGAAUUGCUCAGUUUCCCACUUCUGGGGGUCUACCAACACAGGGUCCCCUUCCAUGUGUGCCCCUCCCUCAGAUGACUCAUCACAGGCCUCCUCCAAUGCCUGCCCAGCCGGUCGUAUCUGGUUACCGGGCGCCUCCUCCUCAGGCUCCUCAACCAGGCCUUGUUGCUCCAGUACCUAUCCGCCCAUCUACCACAACUGUGGACAGCAUUCAGGCUCCCAUCCCCAGCUACACCCCCACCCCGCACCACCCUGUCCCUCCUCCGGCCUCUAGUGGUUACACUGUGCCACAGAUUGGAGCAUAUCCACACAUGAUGAAUCACCCGGGAGCCCCCAUUCAAGUCCCAGGCCAGACAGCUGCACCUCAGAAGCAUACGUACCCCCAACCUAUUGCCCAACCUCUUCCUCAGGGGUAUCAGCCAGGACCAAGGGCCGCUCCUAUUCCAACUCAACAAGUUUACACCCCUGGAUACAUUCCACCUCAGCCUAAUGUUCCUCCAAAUUACCAACAGGCAUUUCCAGGUCAGCUUCAACACCAACAAAAUGGUUUUCCUCCCCGACCUCAGGUACCGCAAGGUUAUCAGGCACCACAAAACUUUAUACCCCAGCAACACCCUCAGAUGAUGCCAGGCUCUAUGCCGAGGCCUCCCCAGACUGCACAUCCACCAACAUCUUCAACUUCUCACCCAACACCUCCGCUAUCUGCCCCAUACUCGCCCUAUCCCAACCAACAGAUGCCCCCUGGGUUCCCUCACCAGCAGAUGUCACAGCAUCAACAAAUUCCACUCCCUCCUGGUGCUCAGCAUGUUCUGCCACACCCACAGAUGCAAAUACCAGGUGGUCACAGAGCACAGUUGCCACCUACGAGUCAAACAAUACCUCCUGUGUCACAUAACUACAUUCCCCCAAACCUGCAUCCUCAGAUGCCUCCUUCCUCUCAGCCACAUGUGCCCUCUGGUCCCCAGGUCAACCUGCCAAGAGGUCCCCAAAUGCCUCAGAAUGCAUUAGCUGCACAGCAUCAACCCAUUCCCAUGCAGAUGCCGAGGCAACCCCACCCUCACCCUUCUCAUCCUGGAGGGGGUUGCUACCCUGGUGGUGCUCUAAUGAUGCCUCAGCAGCCUUUGGCACCCCAACCUGCAUCUCUCCAACAACCUCAGGUUUCUCUCCCUAUGACUCACUCCCAACCUGCUACUCUCUAUCCUUCUCCAGCAGGGACAAACGUACCUCCAGGUGCCCCUCAACCCCCCUCUGUGGUCGGCCCCCUCUCCCCUGCAGUUCCACAUAUGAUUUCACCCUGUCCUGGAGGCCCCGCAGUAGUGCCACCAACCAACACUGUUGCACCUUCUCCUUCUCCAUCCCCAUCCCUGUCUCCUGGUCCAGCCUCUCUGGGUAUGACACCCACUCCUGGAGGCACAGCCCCACCCACUCUUCCCACCCCUUCUGGUGUUCCUCCAUCCACAUCUUUGUUUCAACGCCAAAACUCUAGCACAGAUGAUCUCCUCUCCUCCAGCCCAGAGAGCCAACACGGAGGCACCAAGGGGCCUACCAACGUCCUCCAACCCACCAAAGCAGACCCUCAGGACGGGGAGCGUCGAAAGAAGAACUCCCAGGGAGUUCUGCUGAUCCAGGGAGAUCCGUACCAAGCCCCGGAACGUGUGGCCCGUCUUCACAGUGAACUGGGACAUUAUCGGGCCCAGGUAGAAUCCCUGGAGCACCCCUCAGAAAAUGAAGGAGGGGUGUCAGUACUGGAUGCACGCUGGAAAGAGCUGCAGGACCAGCAGGAGAAGGACGCCCGGCAGCUGUCCAUCGCCAUCGCCCGCUGCUACACGAUGAAGAACCGCCACCAGGAUGUCAUGCCUUAUGAUUUCAACCGUGUUGUUCUGCAGUCAGGCAAAGAUGACUACAUCAACGCCAGCUUUGUAGAUGACUUGUCGGCGUACUGCCCUCGCCUGAUUGCCACUCAGGCUCCACUCACCGGCACCGCGGCCGACUUCUGGCUAAUGGUGUACGAGCAGAAGGUCUCGCUCAUUGUCAUGCUUGUUUCGGAGCAGGAGCUCGACAAGGGAAAAGUUUUGCGCUACUUCCCCACAGAGCGCGGCCAGCAGCUCUCUCAGGGACCAAUCACACUCAGUCUCACCACACAGAAGAUGACGCCAACACAUGUGGAGCGUAUGAUCAGUUUGCAGUACCGUGACCAAAGCCUGAAGCGGACAGUCGUCCACCUCCAGUUUACAUCCUGGCCAGAGCUAGGUCUUCCUGACAGCAAGAGCAACCUGCUGCGAUUCAUCCAGGAGGUUCACGGACACUACCUCCACCAGAGGCCCUUACAGACUCCUGUUGUGGUUCACUGCAGCUCGGGCGUUGGACGCACCGGCGUCUUCUGUCUGCUGUACGCGGCUCUGCAGGAGCUGGAGGCUGGAAACGGCAUUCCAGACCUUCCAUUGUUGGUGAAGAAGAUGAGACAGCAGAGGAAGAACAUGCUGCAGGAGAAGCUCCACCUGAAGUUUUGCUAUGAAGCUGUGUUGAAACACGCUGAGCAGGUCCUUCAGCGCCAUGGCAUCACUACUGCCACCUACAGCAAGAACACAACCUCUGCAGCCACAAAGCCUUACUCCAGACAGGAGUCCCAGCAGGAUAUCGUCCUCGGCGGCGAUAUGCCCAUCAGCUCCAUCCAAGCCACCAUCGCCAAGCUCAGCAUUCGCCCGCCCAGCGCAGACCUCACCAUGGAGGGCGGCGCCUCUUGCGGCCCGGAGGAGCACUUUGGGGUGAUGUCACCAACCCUGGACUCAAUGGGUGACGUGCAGCUGCUGCAGGAACCCAGUCAGCCUCCGUCGUCCUUAAGCCCGCCUCUCACCUCCCCGCCUCACUCUCCUCCACCACCCAAUGGCCUUGACUGUCUCUCCCCAUCGACUCCGCCUGCACCCAACCACCAGCCGCUCCCGGAGUCGGCACCUUCAGCCAGUCCGCCUCUUGCUUCCUCCGUUCCUGCUCCCUCAUCACUGGAGCUGCUGGCCUCUCUGACGCCCGAGGCCUUCUCCCUGGAGGGAGGUGGCCGGGGGAAGCAACGAGUCACCAAGCAGAACUUCCUGCAGCCGGCCGAAGGUCAGGGCAUCCACGGGACGCGAGGCGACGAUAGCAGCGACCCGCUCAGCAGCCUGGAUCCGCUCUGGAGCCUCAACAAGCACUGAGACAAAUCAAGGUUGCUGCCGUUCUCUCUUUUCACCACCAGGGGUCAGCAAAGGGCCUGUAGCUUUUCCCCCCCUUAUCCUGCUUUUGAAGACGAACCUGAAUCCUGGGAGCGUCAGAAACACUUUAGAGGAGAUUACCAAGAUGUGCCUGUUGGCCAGCGGUAGCAGAGAGAUCCCUGAAACAAAAAAAACACUUGCUUCUCUUUUCAUUACUGGUGGAUUCUAGGACCAGAUCACUAUGCACUUGCAUCUCUCAGAUUGCUCGGUCACCUUUUGCUGCUUUUCUUUUUACGUUUUGGGACAGCUGUGCACUUCCAGCUCCAACAUAUUGGGCUGUCUGAAACGUAGGCACUCCAAACUUCUUCACAUGAGGCUGUGAAUCUUUGGGCACGCUGGAUGAGCUUGGCUAGAGUAGUUUUGAAGCUCUGUUGUCAUGGUAACACAUCAGCAAACAAAUUGGCACGUUUUAACAUGUUGGUUUAUUUCUCUGUAACUCUGUAAAUAUCCUACAUAAAGUUAGAUGAUUCCAAAAGAAAUCUUCCUUUACUGAAAAAUCACUAAUUGUUCAUUAUUGUAAAGACAUUCAAUAAAGUAGAAAUAAUAAAAAGGUAUUGUAUCAAAGCCUCUUUAUUUGAAAAUUAGUACAAAGUCUUAUGUUUUUGUUACAAAAUAAGUUACCUCUGUUACAACAGCCUGCAGAAAUGUAUCACGAGAAGCAGAUUUUGUUUGCUCUGCUUAAAGGUUUGUCCAGAUGUGGAGAUGAAAUUAUAUUGACUGAUUUCUGCACAGGUACAGGAACUGUCUGCAUCUCUCUGCAUCCACAAAAUCUUGAUAUGGAGAAACUGAAAGCAUGGAAAGGUGUUCGAAUGAAGCACGGAGCUCAUCAGCUACCAGGCAAUGUGCUGCUGAAUAUGGAUUAUUAUAAAAGGUCCGUAUCUGAACCAAAACAUUCAUAAAAAGGCUAAGACUGAAGUGAACUUGCUCCAUAAAAAAAUGUUUGGCAUUUUGGUAAAUAUAAAUAUUUAUCAAACAAUUUUUUAUAGCUACCUACCACACUCUGUACUAUGAUUAAACAGUGGAAUGGACCAAAGGACGAUUGAGAGACAAGGAAGAGUGAGAAAAAUGUGGGUUCAACGUCCGUGAUCGUUUUACGGAAAAUGAUUAGAGCCACUGAAUUUUGGAGUGGAGGAUAUUCCGUUAAAAUUGAGACGGACAAAAAAGGUUUUUUUACUUUUUUAAUCAGUAUUUUUAGCUGGAGGGCUCUCUAAUAAUAUUUCAGAUUAAAGCCAGAAUUCUUACUCGUUCCUCUAAUUGAGAAAACAAAAGGAAUUUGAACAGGAAAAUGUCAAAGUAGAUAUAAAAGUCAAAAUAGUUUAUCAAAAAGUUAAUUCUUUUUUUGGCUAAGCAUUUUUUUUUCCAGAUUAAAGUCAAGAGUUCUGAUUUGUUUCUCAAAUUCAGAGAAAAGAAAGGCAGAGUCAGUGGCCCUAAUCCUUGUAUAAUUUCAUUAUCAGUCAUGUUUUUCUAAUAUUUAGCAGCAAUAAAAAAUCUCCAGAGGGUAGAUUUAUCCCUUUAAGGAAGACUUUACUUCAGAUUAUUUUUUGUGCUUUGCGCCGUCGUCCUACCUGGAUAUAAAUAUUCUGUUCUCAGCACUUAGGAACAUUUAUAUUUUCUAAAAUGCCAAACGUCAGCUUUAACUCAUUCACAUUUCUAGAAGGAAAAAUAGUUAGAAAAUAAUAUAAAAAAACAAAAACUACACAAAUGUAAUUCCAACGCUUUUCUCGACUAGACAGCAGGAAACAAACGGACAAGGUGGCAACAUGGCCUGGUUUCUGUGGGAUGCAGGUGCAAUUUGACUGCUUGUUUGAAUCAUAAUUAGAAAACCCGAGUCAUCAUAACACGUUGGCUGCGUCCCAGAGAAACCACAGCAUGUGUUACCAGUGCUGCAGAUGUUGUGUGGGAGCCUAAACGCCCCCACCGCUCCUAACUGGAAGCUGAUUUUAGCAAAAAGUGCAUUAAAAUGUGUGAACAUAUCAAACAGAGUCAGUUAGUAGUGCACUCAGUUCAUGUAGUGAGGGAAUAACGUGGCUAACCUGAGGCUACAUUCAGAAGAAAAAACAAACUGUAGCUGGGAAGAUGGAGAAAAUACAUUCCGGAUUUUCUUUGCUUGGGGGGGAAAAGUCAAUCAUGUGAUGAGGUGGAUUACAUUCUCAACAGUUUUCUAAACCGCAAUUGAGGAGAUCAGGGAAGAUAACUUCGAUUCCUUUUAUUCAGUCAAAUGAAUGCUUCUGAGUUAAAAAGGGUCAAUAGAAGUUGCUGAGUUUUAGAAAUCGGAAACAAAAAUACAGAAUUUUUUUUUCUUUUUGGUCUAAUGAAAGCGUUUUCCUGAUCUGUAAAUCUGCAGGUAAUUCAAAGAAUGCAACUUGGAAAAGUACCAAGGGUUCAGUUACAUUCUUAUACAGCUUAAUCUCUCUAAUGUCUGACUGGCUCUCACAGCAACACUCCUAACUCUAAAGAAGUUUAGUUUUUAGUAGAGAUGCACUGGUCAGACUGUAAAACUUUGCCUCAAAUUGCUAUUCUGCUAUAAUUAACAUUUUGAAAUAUUUUACUCUAGUCUUCCUGCCAUGAGUGGAAGCAACUUUAAGCUGAGCAUUUCUGAUGCAGGAAUUACAUUACAGAGCUUGGCAUUUUUAAACCACUUUAGAGAUUAACGCGCUUUGAACAUCACUUUCACUGGUAAAUGUAAAACCUUACCUCCACUCUGUUAAAGAGCCUGCCAAUAUUUCCAGAUCCAGCUUCAUUAACUUUCAUUAGAGUUUUGCAGCCUGAAUGAACCAAAAUUCCUGUUAAAUUGCUUCUUCCACUUUCUAGGCUUCAUUUUUAAACACUUUACUGAUACAAAAAUAGUUAACUUCCUUCAGUAACAACAUCCCAGUGCAUGGCAAUAAUUUAGUUCAUGGGAACCUAAAAAAAUGACAAAAAUUUCAUGUUUUCUUUUAUACUACUAUUGGGAAGGAAAAUGAUAAAGUUACUGAGGUUUACUUUGGGUUUGGAAGUCUGGGCAAAGGAAAAUGAUUUGGAAAAAUAACCUCAGAAGGCGACAAGCGUAAAGAAGGAGGUGAGAACUUGUGCACAAAAGCAUCAGUCAACAAAAUUCAAGAAUGGAGGUAGCCUGAUGAAGGAGUAGCGUGAAUCAGACCCCGCCCCUAGUCCCGCCCACUCACGCAGGACUCAGAGGCAGUUUGGACUCAACGCCUCCAACACUUUCCAGCUUAAUAUUAAAAGCGGCCGGUUUAAAAAGUUGGCUCAACGCUGCCAAACAAACACCUUCCUACAUUUAAAGUCAUCAUCAUUUCCACUUAACAUUGAAGUUUAAGAGUUGGGAUUAGCCACUCACAAACAAACUGUUACUUAAAAACAUAUUGCUAAUAAAUAAUAGAUUUAUACAUAUAAAAACAUCCCCCACCGGAGGUUUACUUUUUACAGUAAUCACCAGUUCUCCCCCCAUCCCGACUCACUCACACAAACACACACGCCCACACACACUUCCUCACAAUUCAGUUCUACCUUUCAGAAGAUGUUUGCUUGGGG